ACGUGAAGGCGGAUGGCAGACAUGGCGUCGUCAACAACAGCAGCUCUGCUCCUUUGUUUAUCAUCAUCUCUCCUUGAGCUCAGCGUCUCUAAACUUUUAUCUGAACCUUGUUACAAACCCAUCACAGACGGACGAGCUCAAUCUGUCAGAACACAGCCUCGGCCGCAUGAGUACGUGAAGGCGUCAGAUCUUCCGGCGUCCUGGGACUGGAGGAACAUUGACGGGAAGAAUUAUGUGAGCGUCACUAGAAACCAGCACAUCCCCCAGUACUGUGGGUCCUGCUGGGCAAUGGGAGCCACCAGUGCAUUAGCUGACCGUAUCAACAUCAAGCGUGGAGGAGUGUGGCCGUCGGCUUACCUGUCGGUCCAGAACGUGAUAGACUGUGGGAGGGCGGGCUCCUGUUACGGAGGAGAUCACCUGAGAGUCUACAGCUACGCACACGAGAAAGGCAUUCCUGAUGAAACCUGCAACAACUACCAAGCCAAAAACCAAAAGUGUGAGCUGUUUAACCAGUGUGGAACGUGCUCCUUUCAAGCGUGUGACGUUGUGAAGAACUACACUGUGUGGAAAGUUGGAGACUACGGAGACGUUUCUGGAAGAGACCACAUGAAAGCUGAAAUUUACACCAACGGGCCCAUCAGCUGUGCGCUGAUGGCCACUGACAGCCUGGAGGAAUACUCUGGAGGGAUCUUCUCAGAGUUUCACCCGCUCGCUUUGCCAAAUCAUAUUGUGUCUGUGGCCGGCUGGGGUGUGGCAGAGGAUGGGACUGAGCACUGGAUUGUCAGGAACUCCUGGGGAGAGUUCUGGGGAGAACAUGGAUGGGCGAGAAUAGUCACCAGUGCCUAUAAAGGAGGAAAAGGCAAUUGGUUCAACCUGGGUAUUGAGAAAAACUGUGCAUAUGGAGAUCCUAUUGUAACAUAGACACACAGAUGCCUAAAUAAAAUAAUAGAAAGAAUGUGGUUCUGGUAUGUCUGGGUUUAUUGGAAAAAACAACAAACCGUGUCAUAGUUUGGGAAAUUAAGUGGAAGGAAGACAUCUGCUCAUAAACCCUUAAAACACACAUAUCAAACCUUGU